AUGGAUGAGGACUCACAGGAAACCCGAUUGUUUGCAGCUUUCGAGCGCCAUGAUGAGUUCGUAGCAGCUCAAAACAUCCUGCUGGCAGUCGAUCUGUUCGCAGAGCCCAGUCGCGGAGAGGAAGACGUGGAACUCGAUUGCAGUCGAAAAUUAAUCAUGAUCUUUGGAGAAUACCAAGAGCAAUCGUAUCUGUUGGACCCUUACCUUGAAAGCCUCGUGUCUCCCGUCGCGGAAUGCCUUAGGAAAUAUGCAAUGACAUGCGUUAAUGCACGAGGUGCUCAGUCUUCUCAUAGCGGCCGUGUGGAACGCCUCGCAGAUCUUCUUCAUAAUUAUAUCAAGUUCCGCGGAUUCUUCCCUCAUGAAGUUGCCGAUCUCUCAAUCGCCUUGGAUUUCAUUCAGUUGCCGUCGGGGCCAGUACAAGAUCCCAGUCAAUGGGGACUGCGAUAUGCCGUGCUGCUUUGGCUAUCUCUCAUUUGUCGGAUCCCUUUUGACUUGCAGAAAUUCGAUGAUGUCACUCGAUCUGGUGAAACAGCAAAUGCAAUCGAGCUCGUUGGAAAGGAUCGCCUUAGCAUGGCUGGUUUAGAGCGCGAAGGAGCGGCUACCCUUCUGGCACGCUUCUAUGCACGAAAGGACACCAAGCCGCAAUUCUUCUCUUUUGUCGAGUGGUCAAUAACUGUUUUUCGCUCUUCAGAUAUCAUCCUGUCUAUAGGAGUAUUGCAAGUUCUCUGUGAAUUGGUCAAAUCCGGUUCUUCUGAACAGCUCCAAGCCUUUACGCAACAGUUCUUGGAGAUUACAGAUACCUUAGAGCAAAGUACCACUUUGGCCAGCAAUACACUGGUUCGAAAAUAUCGCACGAAACUGCUAUCGCGCGUUGCGUUGCGUUUGAUGCCCCCGAAUGCAUCUAGAUCCAAGUUAACGUUCCGUAGCUUGGAUGGCAAUAUCAAGAACGAAACUGGCCAUGGGAACGUAGAUGAGGAUGUCGAUGUCCCUGAAGAAAUCGACACAAUCUUGGAGUCUCUAUUCAAGAGCCUGCAGGAUAAGGACACCGUCGUGCGAUGGUCAGCAGCCAAAGGCAUUGCUCGCCUUUCAGAACGCCUUCCGUCGGAUUUUUCCUCUCAGGUAUUCGAGACGAUUCUUGGUCUUUUCUCAAUCCAUUCUAUAGCAGGCGCAAGUGUUUAUGACACUCCUGCCAUCGCCGAAGCUACCUGGCAUGGCGCUUCUCUCGCGUCAGCAGAGAUGGCACGCAGAGGUCUCGUUCAAACUUCUGUGCUAGGAAGCCUCUUGGGCUGGCUCUCGAAAGCCCUCUACUUCGACAUACGUAAGGGGUCCCAUUCCGUUGGAUCAAACGUACGGGAUGCUGCGGCCUAUGUGAUCUGGGCUUUAGCGAGGGCACAAGAUCCGGAAUCAUUCUCUCCCCAUGCUCGCGAACUUGCGCAGUGGCUCGUUUCUGUGGCGUUGUUCGACAGGGAAAUUCACAUUCGAAGGGCGGCUAGUGCCGCCUUCCAAGAACAUGUUGGCAGGAUGGCGCUGUUCCCACAUGGUAUCGACGUCCUUAGGAAAACCGACUUCUAUGCAGUCAGCGUGCGACGGAAUGCAUUCACUGUCGCUGCUCCACAGGUCGCUGAGCACCUGGAGUACAGAUCAUAUCUGAUCGAUCACAUCAUUUCGAUCACUCUGCGUCACUGGGAUGUUGCGAUGAGGGAGUUGGGUGCUCAGGCCUUGCGCCGGAUAUGCGAGCUCGACUUGAAGACACUAGGGUUAGAGUGUGCUUCGAAGAUUGCGGGGUUUUUACAUUCCGUUGAUGUAUCUGAUGUGCAUGGAGCACUUGCAGCAUUAACAGGCAUCUCUGAAGCGUACCGAGCUCAGGGAAGUGAAGAGAAUGCAAGCAAUCGACAAAAGAUAUUCGCCUUCAUCGCGAUUGUUUCCCAAGAUGCCGUUAUGGCCCCUCGAAACGGCUUAGUACUUGGGGCGGUAUGCGAUCUCAUUGCAAGCAGCUUGACAUUACAGGAAGUUGAGCUUCAAGAAAAAUCAUCUGUACCCCAUUGGAAAAGGGUCGUAGACCAGGGACUGCGGCACAGAAGCUCUUCCGUCCAACAAGCCGCUGCCGCUGCCAUGGCCACAACGACAUUGAAGCACGUAGAAAUUGCUUCCAAGCAUUACCCAAGAUCAUGGCGAAUGUACUGCCUCGCCUCACCGAGUGUUCAUCUAAUUGCAGAAAGUAUGUGUGGAGUAAUUGAUGCCCUUGACAGCGGACUGGAUGAUUACACGAUGGACGAGCGUGGUGACGUUGGCUCGUGGGUACGGAUGGCGUGCAUUCAAGGUCUAGCAUCGAUUUUCGAAGAUCUAUUUCGCAUUUCAGGAAGCAUACCUGAAUUCGCGAGUUACUUGCCUGCGCAAAGGUAUCACAGUGCGAUAGCCAGAAUCCUCCGUCAGGGCGUCGAAAGACUGGACAAUGUACGUCAGAUCGCGGGACACUGUUUAUUGCAAUUGUUUCGCAUCCCUCUCCCGAGCGUUCCUCAUCAAGAGGAAUGGCGUAUCAAAGGCUCACAACUGAUGAUGAAGCUGUUUCUGGAUGACGCCUCGGACGCUAUAACCAGCUGGAGUGUUGGGGAAUGGCUAUUUCCGAAAGCCGUAGAACUGCUCCGCGUACAGGAGUACAGACAACCCCUACUGACAGGUCUUAUACACAGUGUAGGAGCUAGAACUGGAAGCACGCAUCGCCCGGUAUCUUCGAGUCUGGUAUCCUUUGCGCAGGGCCUUCCAUUGUCUCCCAACGAUUCUGGCUAUAGUUUGUUCGAGCUGUGUGAUGACCUCAUUGAGUGCGCACAAGGGAAAACGACGUCAAAUGCCGUGGUGGUUCCUAUCUUGCAGACGUUUAAUAUGUUUUUGGAGGCAGACGUGUUGUCUCACCUGUCUAGCGUUGACAGCGGUCCAUCAAUACUAGAGAAAUUAUUGAACAUUGCAACGAGAAAUGUCCUGCGAUUGAAGAAUGUACAGCGAGUCCAAGAGUCCAUGAAAAUCGUCGUAAAUCUCUUGGUCGUUUCCUCGGUGUCGAAAUCAUCCUCGGAGCGAAUCAUCGACUUCCUUUCUCACCCUUAUCCCAAGGUCAUCCGGACCAGUACGGCUGAAUACCUUUACACGUUCACACAAAGCAGGGACCUCGGCUGGGAGGCAGACGAAGCAGUCGAAGAACUACUUCUCGAAACAGAAUGGUACAGUUUGGGAAUCGUGUCCCCUUUCUUCCCUCAAAUAGCUGACUUUAUUACAGGUCUUCGGAAAGCAUGCAAGUGA